CUUAUAAGGACCUCUUAUUGUAUUCGUACAUGUGUGUUUUCUUUUUGCAGAGCCCGAGGCUUCAAUUGAGAACAGACGCCUUAGAUGCCAGGGCUGUAAAGGUAGGAAUAAGACAUUUGUGGUAUAUCUAGCGGCUUUUCUCAUUGUUGUGUGUUGUUUUAUAUACAUUGUAUAUAUUCAAACAAACGCUAACAGGGAUUUGAUGGAAAUACUUACAUCGUCAAACCAACAUGAAAAUGGAUUACUUGGUGGACAGAUACAAUCAGACAAUACGCAGAAACAUUAUCUGAAUAUUGGGAUGCGCCAAGACUAUCUACUCCAAGAAUGUCAAGGGACUCACUUUAAACUUUCGUUUCCGGACAUCGACUAUGCUUUAAUGGGCUACAACAUAUUGCGUGGUUUUCCUCUUGCAACUGGACAUGACCCUGGCUUUACGUACCCGAUCUUUGCUGCCAAUUACGAAAACGAAAAGCAAACAGCCGAUUGUCGCUAUAGUGUCCCACAAGGUCUUGUUGUGGUCCCGGACGUGUCGUGCAUUACGUCGUUUACAUCAAAAGUCGUUCAAACACAAUACGAGUUUGCUAAUUCACUAUCAGUGUCUGCCAGUGUAAGUGGUGGUGGGUGGGGUUUAAGCUUUUCUGCAAGCGCCGAUUACAAAGCAUCUUCGUCACAAAUAUCAACUGGAGAGUCCGUUUACAUACUCUCCUCGGCGAGCUGCAAUUAUUACUUCAGCAAACUAGUCAAGCGGUCACCUCCACCGCUAGAUCCUGUCUUUCUUAGCUGGGUCAAAAGACUAAGUAGUACAAACUCCACUGAUGUAUAUUUAGAAUUCCUUGACACAUAUGGUACUCAUUUUCCUACUGAAGUCACAUUUGGAGCAAGGUUUACUUACGAACAUAAAAUGGAAUCAAAGAAGUACGAAACUCAAAUUGAAAGUGGAGUCAACGUUGAGGCCUCUGCAAGCUACUCUGGUUUAUUCAAUGUCGGCGGAGGAUUUUCUAUGGAUUCUUCCCAAAAACUAAAGGCUUCUGCAUUUUCAAAAUCAGUGGAAACGAAAACAAUUUCAGUUGGAGCAGCGCCUCCUGCAAACGGCGACGCAAUGACAUGGGCUUCAACAGUGAAGGACAGCCCUGUGCCAUCUAGCUACAAACUUGCGUCGAUAGAGGAGCUCUUUACAGAAAAGUAUAUGAACCCGGCCGAAUUAAGCGUUAAUCUUGCCCAUAUUGCAAAAACCAUCAAUAAAACAAAGCACGCAUAUUGCCAGAGUAUGAUAUCUAAAGGUGAAGUGGAAUCGUGCCAAUCACUGACCCCAGGAAUGAUGCUUGAUGGGACAAUACUUUAUGAUAGCUAUGCUUCAAUAGUUUCAACGUACAAAGAAUGCAUCGACCAUUGUUUGAAACUUAUUGAUUGCGUCGCCAUUACAUAUUGUGCAACUUGUAACAAAUAUAAUAUCUAUUAUCAGAGUUGUUACAUGCACAGCACAAUCAAGAACAUUUCUGGAGAUGAGAACGCCGAGUGGAAAUCCAUGCUUUUAAUCGGGAAAUCGAGUAAAGACCUUAUUUUUGUUGGUACGGAUAUUAAAGGUACAGAAAGGGAGUUGGAUGUAGAUGAUAAAAGAAACAUAAAUAGUACAAAAUGUAAACAAUUAUGCAUUGACGAUCCCCAUUGCAUUGCGUACAGCUACUGCGACUGCGACGAAGUUGAACAAAAAUGCAAACUUUAUAGUUUUGAGAACAUUGGAGGAUUUAAAAGAAUGUCAAGAACAACGACUGUCUUUGUUGCAAAAUAAGCAGAUCGAUCAAAUUGAAUGGUUACAUUUUAAUAAAGAAUGAACAUUUACCUGGAAAAAAUGGAACUACGCUUUCAGCAUUCUUUUUGUACAAUACUUAUAUAACUAUAUGUGAUGAUUUACAAUUUAUUGUAUUUCUGUGUACAUAUUUACAUGCAUUUAAGAAAAAAGAUAUAUUUCCUUAAAA